GUUACCGUCUGCAUCGCGCACGGAACCAGAAGGGAGAGAUGGCGAUGCUGGAUCGAGAAACCCUGGAUCGGAUAAGAGCGGAGGCCAAGGGGUUCGUGGAGAACUACUACCGGACGUUCGACGCGAACCGGUCGGACUUGGUGAACCUAUACCGGGAAGAAUCGGUGCUGAACUUCGAGGGCCGGGAGAAGAUCAAGGGCAAGGAGGCUAUCUUCGCCAAACUCACCUCCCUUCAGCAGUGCCAGUACCAAAUCAGCAAGAUCGACUGCGCUCCCCACAUCCCCACCCGCGGCGCGCUCGUCUUGGUCAAUGGCUUCAUGUGGCUAGACGGCAAGCAGGACGUCCUCAUUUUCAGCCAGAUCCCCUCCUUGUAAACUUGCACAGUCUAGCAAGAUGUUUCUGAUGCAAAAGGGUUCGUCAUAUCUUAUUAGGAAGUAUUGAAUGAGAUUAAGAUAUGACCUUUCGGGUACUUCGCCACGUUCUUCACAUUGUUGCUUGAUGCCUCAGGUGUGUGUGUGUGAGGUGUAUUGCAUUUUGAUGGUACGACCCGCGUGUACCCGUGCACAUCUCAAGUUUGUCUAGUUAUUUCUUCUUCUACUUCUCCUUCGCCCCCGCUCUUCGUUUGCCUAGCGCUCUGCUGUGAUUCUGCCCUCAGUCGUUCUUUUUGAACCCAACACCAGAAGGAAGCUUUUAUGUAACAGCCAAAAAUUGGAAGACCUUCAAUCGGAGACAGAAGAGGCAUUUUCUCUAGGCUUUACAGAGGCCGGGAGUUUCAGUCUUUUUUCCUUCAGUAAAACUUAUUGCAGAACCAUUUGAAACAGAUUUCUAUGUGGUUUUGUAAGUUAGAACCGAGCUUGUCUUAGUGGAGUUCAUGCUCGAAUUGAGUCUGCCUAUGUCAGAUUUCUAUUUCUUGUUCAA